GAGAAAUACCCGGCUUGAUUUUUGAAAACUAUGAAACGUCAUACUAAACCGCCCCACAAUGCACUGCGGCACUCAGACAGUCCGCCAACCAGAGGCUUAAAAUAAAAGUUCCGUGUUGUAAUGCAUUUUAAAGGUUGCCAAAUAACAUUAAAAUGACUACAGAGCUGUAUUAGUAAUGAACCUUGCAUAUUGUUAAAUUGUAUUUACGGACCGCCUGUCGCGCUUAUCAAACUGAGCUCGGACCGGAAGUACGCCGCGCGUCCCGUACAGACUGUAAAUAUUGGUCACGUUUUUUUAGUAGACUAUGUUGCUGACGGUCGUGUUAUUAUGCAGUAUGUGCUUUUGGACACAGACUAUUUCUUUGUAUACACAGGUGCUGUAGCAGCAACAACUAUUAAGUAGAUGCAACUUGGAUGGCUACCCAUUGCAUUCCUGGAAAGAUGAAGAUGAGGAGAAGGAGCAGGUGAAGGAGAUGGAGAAGGUGAAAGAGAUGGAGAAGGAGCAGGUGAAGGAGAUGGAGAAGGAACAGGAGCAGGAAGAAGAAAUGAAUGAAAUGGUAGAGGAAGAAAUUGAGGAGAUGACAGAUAUAGAAGACGAUAUAGAGGAUGAGGAUUCCAAGGUUUCUUCUGAAUCAUCGGACUCCUCCGAGAGUGAGGGAGAGACGGAAGAGACAGAUGAGACGGCGGGAUGGAGGUCCAAGAGCGGGAUUAGCUGGUCCCCCACUCAUGUGGAGACGCUCCCAUACAUCCCUGUGCCCACUGGUCUGACCCCAGGGCCCACUCACUACGCCCUUUCUCGAAUCAGCACCAUCAAGUCCACCUUUGACCUGUUUCUGACAGGCGAUAUCAUGAAGCUCAUCCUCAACAUGACAAACCUGCAGGGGAGACGAUCCAAAACAGACUGGAAGGACAUUGACAUCACGGACCUCCAAGCUUUCAUCGGUUUGCUCAUCCUUGCCGGUGUGUACCGCUCCCACAAAGAAAGCCUGCACAGCUUGUGGGAUGACCAAACUGGGCGGCCAAUCUUCCGUGCCACGAUGGCACUCAGGAGAUUUAACCUUAUCGAGUCCGUCAUAACAUUUGAUGACAAGCUGACCAGGUCAAGGAGGAAAAAUGACAUGUUGGCUGCUGUUCGGGUGCUAUGGGAAAAGUGGACCGAUCGCCUCCCCGUGCUUUUCAACCCGGGCCGGAACGUCUGUGUAGAUAAGCAACUUGUGGCAUUCAGAGGCAACUGCAGGUUUCGGCAGUACAUGCCAAAGAAACAUGCCAGGUACGGCAUUAAAAUCUGGGUUACCUGUGAUGUUGGAACAUGUUACGCCUGGAGGAUGCAGGUGUACACGGGCAAAGAGGACGGGCAGCCUUCUGAGGGUGGCCAAGGGAAGCAGGUGGUCCUAGAUAUGCUGGAAGGGCUCCGGGGCCACACCGUCACCUGUGAUAAAUUUUUCACAUCAUCUUCCUUGUCCGAGGAGCUGCUGCUGAAGAGGAGAAUUGCCCUGGUUGGGACCAUCCGCAGCAACAAGCUGGAGCUUCCCAAAAACCUGCUCCGGAUACGGCACCGUGCAGUCUUCUCGUCGCUCUUCGGCUUCACCAAGACCCACUCCCUUGUCUCAUACAUCCCCAGGCGGGGGAAAAAUGUGCUCCUGCUCAGCUCCAAACACCGGGCCCCAAAGGUCAACAAGAGGAAGCCAGUGAUAAUCACAGACUACAACAGCUGUAAGGGCGCUGUUGAAAACCUCGAAAAGGUUUUAGGCACAUACAGCUGCAACAGGAGGACCAGAAGGUGGCCCAUGGUGAUGUUUUUCAACAUCAUUGACAUCUCGGCAUUCAACGCGUUUGUGCUGUGGACUGUGGCGGAUCCCUCAUGGAAUCAAACGAAAACUUGCAAGAGGAGGCUUUUCCUCGAAGAGCUGGGGAAAUCCCUUGUGACCCCUCAGAUGGCCAGAAGGCAAGUCCUUCCCCGCGCACCGGUCGCCUCUGCCGUGGUGGAGGCUCUCCAGCACCGACAAGAGGAGCCAGUGGACGAGCAGGCGCCUGUCGAGCCCGGCGAAAAAAAAAGGAAGCAGUGCGAUUUUUGCAAGGCACAUAAAAGAAAAAGAGUUUACAACACCUGCUGCAGAUGUGAGAAGCAGAUUUGCAAGGAGCAUUCUGCCAUGAUUUGCCUCUCCUGCUCCACCUUAACACACUCUCACCCAUAGACAUAUGUCUACACAACUCGACCACCCACACACAUUCUUACUUUCUCUCUUGCUCUCUCUCAUCCUGUUUUGUUUUCUUUUGGCUCUGUUGUGAAAAUAAAGUUUAUACAUGUUCUUUUUCAAA